CCUCCAGCACUCAUAGACUUGCAUAAAUAGCCAGCGCCUCAGAGCACCUUUGUCUACUGAGAAGCAAGUGCGAUAAUCUUACUGUAUCUGCUCAGGGUAUUCCCACUUGACAAGGCUCGCUCCUGUUUUGUUUUCAGUGCAGUUUGGACGCGCAAAACGCAUUCCUUUGAAUUGAUCUUCGCCUUUGGUUGUAAAAAUGCUCUCAAAGGAGAAAGAUGGUGACAAUUGUGCCGUUUUUGUGACCAACGGAGGGCAAAAGAAGCUGAAAGAAACGGAGGAACGGGGCUACUGGAGCACGAAAGCCGAGUUUAUUCUCACGGUGAUGGGUGCAAUCAUUGGACCGGGGAACGUUUGGAGAUUUCCUUAUCUGUGUUACAAAAACGGUGGAGGUGUGUUUUUCAUCCCGUAUAUUUUGUUCAUGGUCUUUUGCGGGAUCCCCUUGUUCUUCCUUGAGACCGCUAUGGGACAGUACACCAACCAGGGUGGUAUAACGUGUUGGAAAAAGGUUUGCCCACUUUUUCAAGGCAUCGGCUAUGCGAGUCACCUUAUCAUUGCAUUCGGCGCCACCUCCUACAUUACGAUUAUCGCUUGGGCGUUUUUUUAUCUGUUCUCCUCCUUUAAUGCCGAGUUGCCUUGGGCCACAUGUGGAAACGACUGGAACACAGACUCAUGCGUGGACAUCAGCAUUGCAAAUCUGAGCCUCGGCGUGACACACAGGGAGAACAUCACACUGCCUGUUGUAGAAUUUUGGGAGCGCAGAGUGCUGAAGAUCUCCCGUGGGAUUGAGGAGGUGGGAAGCUUGAGGUGGGAGCUGGUCUUGUGUCUCAUCCUGGCAUGGGUCAUCUGCUACUUUUGCAUUUGGAAGGGGAUCAAAUCCACAGGGAAGGCAGCCUACUUCACAGCUACUUUCCCCUACGCUAUGUUGCUUAUUUUACUCAUACGUGGUGUGACGUUACCAGGGGCAAUGGAGGGAAUUAUUUUCUACAUCUACCCUGACGUAUCGCGCUUAUCAGAUCCACAGGUGUGGUUGGAUGCCGGCACUCAGAUCUUCUUCUCUUAUGCCAUCGGCCUCGGGUUCCUGACCUCGCUUGGCAGUUACAAUACUUACAACAACAACUGUUACAAGGAUUGCUUCUACCUGUGUUUACUGAACAGCGCCACCAGUGUUGUGGCAGGUUUUGCCAUUUUCUCCGUCUUGGGAUUCAUGACCUACGAGCAAGGCGUCGGUAUUGCAGAGGUGGCAGAAUCAGGUCCAGGACUGGCCUUUAUUGUUUAUCCCCGUGCUGUGGCCAUGAUGCCCGUGCCGCAGGUGUGGGCCGUGUGUUUCUUCCUCAUGAUCAUUCUACUCGGCUUGGAUAGUCAGUUUGUCGGUCUGGAAUGUCUGAUGACAUCACUGGUGGAUCUCUACCCGUCUUACCUACGUCAAGGCUACAGACGUGAGCUGGUUCUUCUGGCCAUCUGCACCGUGUCCUUUCUGCUGGGACUUUCUCUGGUGACGGAGGGAGGGAUGUACCUGCUCCAGCUGGUGGAUUUCUACGUCUGCAGUGGGACCACCCUGCUCCUGCUCUCCGUCUGCCAGUCUGUCAGCAUUGCUUGGGUCUAUGGGGCAGAGCGUUUCUACGGGAACAUCACAGAUAUGAUUGGCUAUCGUCCUUCUCCGCUCAUGAAACUCUGCUGGUGCUACUUCACUCCAUGUUUAUGUUUUGGCACCUUUGUCUUCUCCAUAGUCCGAUUUUCUCCCUUGAAGUUCAGUCACACUUAUGUUUAUCCACUUUGGGCCAACAUCCUGGGCUGGUUCUUGGCCACCAUCUCCCUGAGCCUCAUACCUCUGUUCGUGCUCUACAAGCUCCUAAAUGGAGAGGGCACCCUUCGUCAGCGAUUCCUGAUGCUAUGCCUUCCUGAAGAUGACCUGAAACGUCUUCCCCAGCUGAGAGACAAAGUCGUCGCUCCAGUAACUGAACUCAAAUCUUUGUCUGGUGAAGUGGAAGUUAAGUGACCGAGUACG